AUGAUGAAAAGGGCCAAUUAUGUACCCUUUCUAGGCAAAUAUAGGUUUGUAAAUUUUAAGUAGUGAACUACAGGCUCCAGCAAUAGACUUUAGAACCAAAGAUAAAAUUGCAAAUUUGGUUGAAGAUAUCUCUCUCUCGCCUCCUCCGAACCCAAGCUAAAAGUAACCAAAACGGCUCAAUAAUUAUUAAAUUAAUCUCAACCGCGAUCUUAUUCUGCAAAGCUGAAAUAAUUUCUCCGACAAUGUUCCGCUCUGUCUCGACCGGAAAAUCCAGCUUGAACUGGCUAGAACGGCUGCGAACCGCCAAGGGCUUCAACGACGACGGCCCUGCCGAGCUCGAAAACUUCCUGCAAAACCCCAAUUCUGUGGACCCAAAACCUAAUUCCGAUCCAACUCAGAAUGAGGACACGCAAUUGUUCAACAUAAUGAGCAAUGUUCUCAACGAGCUAUUCAUCUUUGGGGACAACAGAAGCAACUCGACGCAAUUCAAGAAAUCUGCUCGCAAGCAGAAAAACCCUAGAAUUUGUGAUGUAGGCCGCGAGAAGGAGAAUGCAGCUACUGAGAAAGUGACGCUGCAAAGGAGUCGAGAUGGUGAGGGGGUGAAGGAGCUUGAUAACUAUGAAAAUGGAGGCAGAGAUGUGGAUUUGGUUGGGUUUUCACGUACGGAGGUGACUGUUAUCGACACAAGCUAUGAGUCGUGGAAAUUUGACAAGUUCUUGUACAGGAAAAGGAAUGUGUGGAAAGUGAGGGAUAAGAAGGUAAAUGGUGAGAGCGUGUGUAUUAAAAGGAAGUUGAAAGAAAGUGGCAGAUUGGAGGAGGAGCAACGUGUCGGGAAGAAAACAAAGGUUGAUAAGAAUCAAGGGAAUGAGGAGGGGCUUGAGUUUCCAUCGAAUGAAAUGAAUGUACGUGAAGUAUGUAAAACAUCCCCAGAAGACGGGACUAUGAAAACGAAGCAGUUGGACUCGAAGUUGAAUGAUGGAAGCUCGUCUGUUAUUCUUAUCAAGAGCAUUCACACCAGUAAAAAAAAUGGACCGAGCAUUUCUAAAAGCUGCUUAAAGUCAAAACAGAAGAGAACUAUGCUAAUUGGCGGUUCUGGAGUGGAGAUCUGCCAGGUCAAGAAAGUCGGAUAAUAACAUUUGUCCGUUUAUUUGAAGGCAGCUUUGAGUUGUAGAUGAGCAUCUAUGAGGCAUUUUGGGCCGUCACAGACUAAAACUUUUUUACAUUAUCGAAAUUUACCUUAUUAGCUUUCCAUUGCCUUUUCACCUUCUCUUUUGGGUGGUCAGACCGCUUGCACAUAUCCGAUUCCUAUAUUAUUUUGUUGCAUAUUAAGCGAAAGUAUGAGAUUGUUGGUGAAAUGAACAAUCAUGUAUCAUUUCCAAACUGCUUCUGUUUUCGAGGUAAGAUAAAAUGUGAAUUUUUAAUUGUGCAUAAAAGAAAGGAACUUAAAACGAAAGUAGG